AUGAAAAGCAGCUUCGCUGUGCUUCUACUCCUUGGAUUCGCGGUGUACGCAACGGCCGUAGGAGGUGGUCAUUCUGUCAACAACCACAAGCAGGACGAUUACGGGAAUUACCAGUUCUCUUACCAUAUCACUGAUGGUCUAGGCGCGAAGAAUUAUCGUCACGAGAGCGGCGCUCCCGGAGUGAAGAAAGGAUCUUACGGUUUCGUGGACAUCGACGGUAGGGCUCGUCAUGUCAAUUAUAUCGCAGACCAUUAUGGAUUUCGAGCUAAGAUAGCUUCGAACGAGCCGGGAGUCGCCCAAAAGGACGCGGCUCACGCUGCUUAUGGGGGAGGCGGAUUCGUUUGA